UCACAAAAACAAAGAAGAAGAAGAAGAAAAGUGGUGCAGAAGUGUGUUCACGAGUGAAAAAUUUCUCACGAGCAAUUUUCUCACGGUUUUUCCACGCAGUUUUCUAUUCUAAGUGAUUUUUUACCAAGUAAAAAGGCAGAGAAAGGGUGCAGUGUUGUGAAAUGAUGUCUGUGGUGCAGUGAAAUUGGCUGAAAACUUGGGAAAAAUCUCACUGCAAAAACCAACAAAUUACACAACGUAUUUUUUCUGCGCCUGAAAUUCAUUUUCACGGACUUUUUUCCUGUGAUCGUCAGCAGAAAUCCAAUCCCAUGUAAGUUUUCCACCUAAUUGGUCAGGUCAGGAGCUUUGUGAGGUGAUCCUGGGGCGGAGGGUGGAUUUUUCUGGAUGGGGAAAAAAUCGAUGAACGCUUGAGUUAAAAGGACUUUGCACUCGAUUCAUUUCUUGCAUUUGUGAGUCCAAAGUUGAAGAAAGCAGCUGCAUUUCCUAUUUUCUCCAGUUUUUCCUGCUCAUUUUCCUCCGGGAUUGCUUUAUUAGGAAGUCACUGGGGAAGAGAGGAGUGUCUCAGUUAGGCAUUGAUCAUGUCGCAGUACAGUGAAUGUGUCCGAGAGACACCAGCCACAGCUCCGGAAAGUCGAAGUGUCCUGGCCCUAACACUCAUGGAGGAUCUGUCGAGUCUGAGAAAGCGACGAGCGUGGAAUCCGGAAGAGGAUUCACUCGCAUCGGCAGACGAUGACAUUGAUUUAUUGGACAUGGGGGAUGAUGAUGAUGAUUUGGGGGAAGAGGAGGAAGAUGGAGCAGGUUGUCCACUGCCAUCGACUCCGGAGGACAAUCAAUUGCUAGAGGCUGAGAUGACGGAAGUGUUGAAGGCUGGAGUGUUGUCUGAUGAGAUAGAUCUGGGUGCUUUGGCUCACAAUGCAGCAGAACAGGCAGAGGAAUUUGUCCGGAAGGUAUUGGAGGCUUCGUGGAAGGUUUGUCAUUACAAAAAUCUCCCACGAUGGCUCCAGGACAAUGACUUCCUCCACAAAGGUCACCGUCCACCACUUCCGUCCUUUGGUGCCUGUUUCAAGUCCAUCUUUCGCAUUCACACUGAGACCGGCAACAUCUGGACACAUCUACUAGGAUGCUUUGCUUUCGUGGGAGUUGCCUGUUACUUUCUCACUCGUCCUUCGAUUGAGAUUCAGUUGCAGGAGAAAUUGAUCUUUGGGGCAUUUUUUGCUGGAGCUAUUGUUUGCUUAGGAUUUUCUUUUGCCUUUCACACACUCAGUUGUCACUCUGAGAUGGUGGGGAAGUUAUUCUCGAAGCUGGACUACUGUGGAAUUGCUCUGUUGAUUAUGGGAUCGUUCGUGCCAUGGCUGUACUAUGGCUUCUACUGUCACUAUCAGCACAAACUUAUUUACUUGAGCGUCGUGGUGGUUCUGGGGCUUCUGUCAAUCGUUGUAUCUCUCUGGGAUAAAUUCUCUGAGCCCAAUUUGAGACCUCUUCGAGCUGGUGUCUUCAUGUGCUUCGGCCUGUCCGGGAUCAUUCCUGCCAUUCACUAUGGACUCAUGGAGGGUUGGUUCACGCAAAUCAGUCGAGCUAGUCUCGGUUGGCUCGUCCUCAUGGGCAUGCUGUACAUCCUGGGCGCCUUAUUCUAUGCUCUGCGAGUCCCUGAGAGAUGGUUCCCAGGAAAAUUUGAUAUUUGGUUUCAAUCUCAUCAAAUAUUCCAUGUGCUCGUCAUUGCUGCUGCUUUUGUUCACUAUCACGGCAUCAGCGAAAUGGCCAUGUAUCGUGUGACGGUAGGAGAAUGUCAGGUUCCUCAUCCAGCUAUUGCCUUUUAAUUGAGAGACAUUGAUUAGGACAAAAGAAAAAUAGUAUUGAUAACUCUGGAGCAUCAUUGUCUAAAAUACUUUCUACAGGUAAAAAAGAAAACUGUGUAUCAUUGUUGAAGGUAAGUUAAUAAAAAAAAGAGGAUAAAGGAUGCAGAUUGAGGACAAAAUACAAAGAAAUCAAGACGCUCUUAAAGUCAAAAUAAUUGUAAUUUACAUAAUUUAUAGUGUUAGCUUAAAAUAAUUAAUUGAAAAUGAUAUACACUGAUCGAUGAAUCCACUGGGAGACAAAUUUGUUUUCUUGAAAAAUGAAGUAUUUACUAUCUCGAAUAUUUUCAUUUUUCAUUUUUUUGAAAAUUUAUUUUUUUCGUUGGUUUAAAACAAAAAAAUGUAUACAAUUAUUGAGGUUUAAUUGAUUUUGGUUUUUUAAAAAAAAUUUAGAAGUGAAAAAUCUAUUGCGGUUUAUUUUAUUGAAAUUUUAUAAUGAUAAAUUUUGUUGAUGAUAUCACAUUUGUUUUGCCGAUAGCAAUGGUUUCUGUCACAUAAAAGACAUUCAAAAGUUCAUUUAGUAGUCAUUCUUUCCGAUUCGAUUAAUUUCUCGCUUCUUUGAUCAAGAUUAACAGAUUUUGAAUGGAAAAAUCCCAAGAUAUAUUAAUUUGUCUGGUGUUUUGUUGAUCAUACUGAAGGAGGAAUGGAAGUUGAAAGUGAGAUUGAAAAUUGCCAGAGGACUGAAGCGCAAGUUGUUGUGUCUAACUUUUCCUUUCAAAUUUCUUUUCUUUUUCUGUUUACUGGCUUAAUUGCAAUUAAUUUGAUCCGAGGGGAAUUUUCAAAAGAUUUUUUUCCGCUUCAUAUUGAUCAAAUGGUGAAAGAGACAUACACACAGAAAAAAAUCUUGUAGAUUUGGUUUCAAUUCAAAACAACCAUUAUUUAGAUUUUUUUGUAACAAUAGUUUGUCUUUUUAAUUGCAAAGCAUUGGGCAUUAUUUUACUCUACAGGAACCUCAUUUGGAAUUCUUGUUCUGCAGAAAGGUUAUUAUUCUUUUUACUGAAUAUUGCCUUAAAUACUUUUAGGACACGCCCCUUUCGAGAGAUAUUGAAAAUACAUAAUUUAUUUACCUUUCAAUUUUGAUAGAACGUUUUCGAUGGCAAGUAUAGUAAAAGAAUUUUUCUCUAAUUGAAAUUGUUGGCAAGCUCGGGCAAUAUUUUGUCGAGAAAAAAUUAGAUCACGCCCCUUUAUACACCAAAAAAUUUGAUACCACUGUUAAAAAUAAGGGAAAGUGUCUCGGAUUGAUACAAAAUAAGUGUUGCAGGAGCUAAUUGGUUUUGGCCAUGGUUAAAUUUUCGAUUAACUGGUCAAUCCGACAAACGAAAGACAAUAACCAGUAAUCAAUUAAUGAUUGGUUACGAUCGAGAGUUUGACCUCUGAAAUACAGAAAUAUUGGAUUCAGAUCUUCGGCGUUCGUCAGAGGUAGCUUCUUUUUUCAUUUGGAAACUCAAAUUUGCAGAAAAUUUGAGUUUUUUCAAUUAAGGAAAAGAAAUUGCUUCUGACGAAUACCGGAAGAUCUGAAUCCAACAUAAUCUGUCAGAUAUCCUAGAUUACAAACAUAUCCCUCAUUUAGAACAAAUUCCUUGGAAUUAUUUAAAGAAAAAGAGACAUUUGACUUCUUGAAUUCUUGAAUUAUUCGUUCCAGAAUUGCAAAUCUUGAAAUCCACACGGUUUGUGUCUUGAAUACCACGGUUCCAAGACGUUUGAUAGAUUUGUUAUAUCGGUCUUGUUCUCACUAGAGAUAUUUAUGUCCAUACUGAAGCAAAUUGCCUACGCUUGAUAGGAAAAAUAAGCAUAGUGUCUUCAAAUUUCCCGCGCCCCAAAAUAGUAUACAUUCAGGCGUAUUUUAAGAAUGAUUUCAUAGUUUGACUCACAAAAGUAGGCAAACUUCCAUAAUUGUAUGCAUAAUCUCGUCAGGUGCAUAAUGCCAGGACUGAGUGUAAUGUACGAUUUCCACAAUCGAAAAAGCCCUUCUAAAACUUAUACAGUGAUGUGGAACAUAAAAAAUCGUACAGUUCCAUCACAGUCUAAAUGAAAAGCAAAAUUCUGUCAAUCAGCAUAAGUUCCACAUUUGGUUGACCAUGGAUUGAGAAUCUGUCAACGGAUAUGGUUGAUGCUCAAGCUUUGACCAAGUUCCACAUUUUAGUCGCUUCAUAAUAAAGAAAUUCCGUCGUAAUCUAAUUCGUUGUCGAGAUCUUUUCAAUUAUCGGUUUGUCUUUACUUGGACCUAAAUUAAGAAUCUCUGCAGUUCUAAACGAGUUCCACAGCCGAGACACUUGUCUUUCAGUCAUUUAACCUAGAUAAUGGUGUGAAUGAUUGAUAAUUAUUGAAUAAUUUCUAUCGUAUGGUCGUAUAUUUUUUUAUUAUAAUAAAAUAGCGAAACAUAGCCCAAGAUUUUUAAUCGACACAAGUAUUCUGUAUGGAUCAAUAGACAUCUCCGGAAUUCGGAGGAGCUUAACUUAAGAUUUUUUGAAUAUUUUAACAGCCUACAAAAAUUCUACAGAUUUUAACUAAAACCCUAAAUCAAUCUUGGUUUGCGGUACUGUUGUAGCCCUGCCGUAAUAAGUCGCAAUAAGUAAGCCGUAUCCCUCUGUUUUCUGAUCAAGUAAAAAAUGAAUUAAAAUUAUGAAAUUAUAUCUCUUUCGUGGGACGUGAUCAAAAAUAUUCAGGCAGAACUUAUUUCACUUUUCUUGUAGUACUUUUCUCUUAAAGAACUUUGAAAUUAAAUAAAGUUUCAGCGAAAUAAUGCCCAGGUUUGAAGUUUUGCUUUGGAAAGUAGUGUACUUUUUAGUAGAUCCUUCUGAGAGUAUACCAAAAAAAAAAUAACAAAAAAAAUAUCUUAUUAAGACAAGAUACUGUGACAGUGAAAAAAAAGAACUAAUAAUUGUAAAAAAGAAAAUCGUAGAGUUAUAGCCAAUGAGUCAUAGGUAGUGAAGAAAAUGAAUAUCAAUAAUUUGUAGUGAAAGAAGGUGGAACAGUAUAAAAUAGUAAAAAGUUUGGGCAUUGUACUUUGUUUUACAUUUAAAAAUGAUAUCCACUUAAUUGAGAAAAAAAAACAAAAACAGGAAUAAUCACUUGAAUAAAAAAAACACAAUGGGACGUGGAUUAUUCUCAAAUAGAAAAAUUUUCAAGAUAGAAUUGCACAUAACAUCAAUAGUUAAUGAAAAUCACCCAAAAAAAGAUCAUAUUUUAAAUAGGUUCACCUAAAAAGCUUUCACUAUUUGAUAUUUUUUUGUCAUCAUUCCACAUCAUUAAAAAGAAAUAGGAAAAAAAUGCUUUUGCGGUGGAUAUUCUCGAUAAAUUGGGAUUAUUCAGCACAAAAGAUUAAAGGAAAUUAUUAAAAAAAAAACAUGGAAUUUAUCCAAGAAUGUCCUAUCCAAUCCUAUAUAAAAAAAAGAGUAAAUUAUAUAAAGAAAAGAUGGAUCAAUGCAAAGUAAUUAAUUUAUUUCCUAAUUUAUACCAACCAACUUGACUUGUAAAAUGUAUAAAUUACAACCAAGAAAAUAAGGAGACAAAGUGUAAAACAAUAAAUUUUGAUAAAAAUUCAACCAUGGA